GCAGUUUUCGUUUCAGUGAAACUAAUUGAACCGUCAAGUAAUUUAAUCUAAAAAGAAAAAUAAUAAAGUACAAACUUGCAAAAAUGCCAUUGGAGUCGCUAAUCAUUUCGCUGGAUCCUGAAAGCAAAAACAUCAACGUAUUGCUGGUGCACCUCGACGAGCAGGAGAAGAAGCAAUGCAUCAAAGUGACUGAGGACGGACUGCGCUGGCUGCAGGCGAACUAUGAACAGUUUGUGCCGCUGGACGAUUACGUCACGCUGUUGUCCGGAUCGGCGCCAGCUUUUGUUAAAGUAAAUGAGCGCGCAACGCUGCUGAAGCUCAAUCCGCUGAGCAUUGAGCAGCAGCCGCUGGAGGAGCAGAUCUCAGCUGUAGCAAUCAAGCCGCUGCCAUGCCAACUCACUGAGGCAAUGUCCUUCAAACUGCGCUGCAAUCACUGCAACCUGGACCUGGUCAGCCAACGCAGCUUCAGCUGCAUUAGACCCGUGCCCAAGCAUAGCAUGCAGCCCAACAAGGUGUUCUUCAGCGAGAACAUGCGUCCGCUCUAUCCCAGCCAGCUCUACUAUGGCCUCAACUUUAUUGUAGUCAAUGCCUGCGUGCUCGACAGCGGCUACAAGCGUUGCAACGAGCGCAUCCACUGCAAUCGCUGCUUGCAGCAAUUGGGUGAGCUGCUGCAGUUCCAGCCGUCCGCGCUGCUCUUCGUGGACACCAUUUGUAUAUCAAAUAUUCGGCAUUUGGAUUUGCGCAUGCGUAAAUAUAUCGAGUGUCCUUUGCAGAGAUUGUUCAGGCCGCUGUCAGCGACGCAGUUGCUGCUGCGCUUGCUGCAGAACGCCACGCCCAAUGGCCCAGAUCAGCUGCGCAUCUUUCUCAAAACGGUCGAUGAGUAUGGCCAGCUGCAGUACAUGCUGCUGCGUGUGGACAACAGGCUGCGGCAUCUGCUACGUCCCAAGCUUUCGCACAGCGAACGCCGCGAGCUGCUCAAGGAGAAGAACAAAGCCUUGGAGCAGGCCACACAACUAAUGCAUGUGAUCAAUGUGAAGAGUUUAUUGGCUCGCUGCAUUCGAUACAAUUAUUUUCGCAAUGACGAACAGCUGUCGGCCCAUGAUGAGAUGAUACAAGAGUGGCGCAAAGUGGGGAUUCCCAUGCUGCGCAUUGCCCAUGACAUGAUGAUGACGCUGAAUCGCGAGCUGCAGUCCAACAUGUAUUGGGUGCCCGAGCUGGAGCAUCCACUGCCAGCUAAGACAGAUGGACGACUCAGCUACAUUAUCUACAGCAAGAAUUAAAAAUCUAAAAAUUCAGACACUUUUCUACUUCAACUCUAUUCAAC